AUGCCAGUGGAUAUCAAAUGUGUCCUGGUGUGCGAUGCUGUUGAUAAUGCAUGUGUAAAACUGUUGGAAGAUCACGGGAUUAAGGUUGACUACAAAUUAAGGCUGCCGCAAGAUGAGCUAAUUAAGGAAGUUAAGAAUUAUGAUGCCCUCAUAGUGCGUUCGGACACGAAAAUUACGGCGGAGAUUCUGGAGGCCGGUGCAGGCAGGGUAAAAGCGGUUGGACGUGCCGGAGCGGGUGUAGAUAACAUCAACAUUGAAGCUGCCACGGGGAACAAUGUGCUGGUACUGAAUACUCCUGGAGGAAAUUCGAUUUCGGCGUGCGAACUAACGUGCUUUCUGAUCGGAGCACUUGCACGUCCCAUCUGCCCGGCGGCAACUAGCAUGAAGGAAGACCGCUGGGAUCGGAAACUCUACUCCGGUACGGAGCUGUACGGUAAAACACUAGCUAUUCUAGGUCUCGGUCGUAUUGGACGCGAGGUAGGUGUACGCAUGAACGCAUUCGGUAUGCGCGUAAUCGGCUUUGACCCCAUCACAACUGCCGAAGAAGCAAAGGCUGCCGGUAUAGAGAAGAUGGAGCUGGAGCAGAUCUGGCCGCAGGCUGACUACAUCACCGUUCACACACCGCUCAUUCCUGCCACACGAAACCUGAUAUCAGAGACCACCCUCGCCAAAUGUCGAAAGGGCGUCCGUGUGAUCAACGUUGCUCGCGGUGGCAUCAUUGACGAGGCCGCACUGUUGACGGCACUUGAAAGUGGCCAGUGUGGUGGAGCUGCAGUUGACGUUUAUACGGAAGAACCCCCCAAAUCGGACAUCACCCGGAAGCUCAUCAAUCACCCUAAGGUGGUUGCAACGCCUCACUUGGGCGCUAGUACGUCGGAAGCGCAGGUGCGCGUCGCUGUCGAGGUGGCCGAACAAUUUAUUGCCCUCACUGGCAAAUCGGCCGUCUACACGCAGUAUGCUGGUGUCGUGAAUCGCGAGGUAUUAAAAAAUGUCUUUUAA